AUGCACUUUAAACAUAGCACGGCCAUGAUGGACCUACUGAGAAAGGCGCAAGCGGAUGAGGGCACUCCGGAAGGGAAAAUAAAAACCCUAGUCCAAAACAUAGAGACCCGGUGGAACUCGUGUCUGGAUAUGAUGCAAGCGUUCCUCAACCUAGCGAACAAAGUCGCACCAUUUAAAGCAGCCACGGAACAAAUAAGUGGAGAGCAGUAUGUGACUGUUAGCUUGGUAAUUCUGAUAGCUUUGAUAUCGAAUCAAAUACAAAAAUUAAACAUGGAGACAGAAGACGGAAAGCGCGCCAAGGAGGCGUUUGUACGGAUUUCCAAUAAAAGAUUUCAGUCGUAUCACCAAAACAAAAUCUUGGUCAAAUCGUCGUUUCUAGAUCCUAGAUUUAAGAAAAUGUACCUAGCACCAAUGAUGGUGAAGGAGGCGGUGUUUGAAAUUAAUAAUGAGAACACAAUGUCUGCCCAAGAAAGACGGAUUUCUGAAGUCGACAGCUCUAAGGAUUUGGGGGACUUCAUGAGCUGCCAUAACAGCUCCAUUGCAAAAGAGUUGGACGAUCAGAACAUGGAGAGCAAGGAGCUUAAACUAUAUUUUAGCUUUCCUCAAGCUGCUUGGGAAAGCAAUCCAAUUGAAGUAUGGAAAGGCCACAAGGCAACAAUGCCGGGCCUUUACCGCUUGGCCAUGAGAUACUUAAUAACUCCGGGAAGCUCAGUGCCUUCAGAGCGGUUGGCGUCCGCCAUAAAAUGGGUAGUGUGCGACGCACGAAGCCGGAUGACGGCUUAA